UCUGUUUCCACACUGCGGUCACACCGUUUCAAUUUAUACUAUAAAGUUUCUGGUUAAUAACUUUUUUUAUUACAAAGCCAUGCAUUUUUCCACGCCUGAAGUGAACUAAGGCGGGGACUCGGAUUCGGAUACGGAUUUGUUGUGGCCAACAUGGAGGACCCGUGCAAGCCGCCGCCCCCGGCAGUUUCCCACGACGAAGAUUCGCAGCCGAAUGCUGCCAGGGGAGUGCACUUUAAGCUGCAGCCGGAGGAGGAGCUUCUUGGCUCAGUGACCACCCACAAUUGCCCGGGAACGCGGGCCAGCGCUCGCGUUAUCCAGAAGAUGAAGCAGGACCAGACCAGGCCUAUGACGCCGCCGCCCAGCGAGCGGGAGCAUAACAAAAAGGAGGAGAAGGCCGCCCAGAAGACACCGUCGCAGCUGAAGGCGGGCGGGAAUGGGAAGACUACCUGGACGAAUAUAGAACGCAAUUGCUUCUUCGAUGCCCUCAACGAGUUUGGCAAGGACUUCGAAGCGGUGGCCAACUGCAUCAAUGCCAAGCUGAAGCGUCGCAAUGCCAGCAGCGACUACAGCUUCAAGACAAAGGAUCAGGUGCGCCAGCACUACUACCAGACCUAUCACAAGAUCUGCAAGUAUGUGCGAUAUUCAGAAGAGCUCAAAAAGCCCGCCCAGGAGCUGUACACCUUGAUCAACUACGGCGAGAUGCGCCGGAAGCUGCAGUUCCUCACCGAGAAGCACUUCAUGAAGCUGAAGCAGCUGGUUUACCAGGGACAAAUCACAGUUCGCUGCAAGGGCAAGAACAUACGCAUCAAGACGCCAUCCUGCAAGGCACUCCGCCGGCUGAAUCAACUGGAUGAUUCCCUUGAGGAUAUAAGGCUGCCCAGCAAGGUGGAGGUGCUGGUGACGCCCGCCAAUAUGGAGGCCUUUGGCCGCGUCCAAUCCUUGGCCCAGAAUCCACGCGGCAGGAUUAUUGUACCGCUGCACAAGAAGCUCAUCGGUUUCAUCAAAACGUUCGAGUACAAGUGGCGCAGUGCCAAUCAGCGUUUGAAUGAGGAAAAGUCUAGCUUUGGUUCAGUACCCGCUGCUGCUCCUGCUCCUGCUCCUGCUGGUGACCCGGAGCCAUUAGCUUCACCCUCACCAGUGGCCUCACUGGAUCCCUCGCUGUGCUUCCAGCCGCGACCUGGCGUGGCCAUCCAUCGUCCCCUGCUGAGCAUCACCGCCUAUUUGAGCAGUAUCAACAUUUGUCUCUCCGCCUACGAGGAACGUUUGGGCUUCAAGGUGCGCAGCGAGACAUUGGGCAAUCUGCCAGGGAUUCCGGUCAAUGCCAGCAAGAGGCCCAGGACAGAAAGUGGAUCCGAGAAGCGUUCACCGGAAUCGAAGAAGCCCAAGUCGGGCAACAGUCCGGCGUUGGAGAAGAGCCUGGACGAGGUGGGAAAUCAUCAUCACGUAAAGCUCGAGAAUAGCAGCGGCGAUGAAUUGGGCGAGGAGAUACAGGAGUUCCUGGGGGAUCUGGAGGCGGCCGCAGCAGCUCAAACUCUAAACACAAAUUCAGUUACAGCCGAAAUGGCAGACACAACGGAGCCACUCAUGGACUCGGAUCCUUGUGCCUCACAAAUCUCUCCCCUGCUCACCCAGCCUCCUGCUGCCGCCCCACCGCCAGCUCCCGUCACCCCGGCCUCUGCUCCCGUUCUGGCCCGUUCCAAGAGAAAGGAAGCCAAAGAAGCAGCAGCCGCCGCCCAGGCACGCAAUUUUAAGCCUCUGCUCAGCGAUGAGAUCCUAAAGAGAAUCCGCAAGGGCUGGACAGUGGCAAAUGCGGCGGAUAUAACCAUUGGUGACCUGUAUGUGGUCCUGGGUCAGGACUCGAAGCUGGAGCUGGAGUAUUACUGGUGUGAAAUGGAGAACAUGCCGCCGCCGCCGCCAGUGGGCUCGAAUUCCAUAACAAACUUGUCUUCCACCUCCAACUCCUCCUCCUCGUCCUCCAAUGUGGCCACCCAAACGGGCAGCAGCUCCUCAUCCUCAUCCUCCUCCAGCAGUCUUCAAAUUGCCACCUCUUCCACCACCACCACCACCACCAACACCAACAACAACAACAAUAAUAAUAGCAACCCCUUGAUCACCGCCACCAGCUCUUUGCCCUAUAAUCCCAACGACUGUGAUAGCGUGGAGCGCGUCAAGGCCGUCACCACAUCCUCGGUGAGCAACAAGCUAAAGCAUCUGCUCCUGGUGGCCAAUCUCAGCGAGCGUGUACGCAAGCGUCAGUGCAACUGCGGGCAUACCUGCGACCGGAAACGUGACCUAAUGACCAAAGCCCAGCAGCUGGCGGAUGCCUCAGCUGCCGGGGGAAUCGGGAUGGAUGGUGGCAACUUUCGGACACCCAUGCUGCCGGUUAGGCGGCCCAUAGCCAACAUCAUAGAUCCUGUAAGGCAGCUGUCGGCGCUCACCCGCCAAAAGAUCAGUCGCCAGGUGCUGGUGCAGCGUCGCCUUCUGCCCCCCGCUUCCGUUGGCGGUCGUCCCUACGAUCUGCUCAGUGUGCGGCAACUUCAUAGCGGCCUCUUUGAACCCAUUGAUCGCCUUGGAGGCAGCAGUUCCAGUGGUAUAAGCUCUGGCUCCAGCCAGAGUCCAGUGCUAUCUUCUGGCCAGGCGGCAGGCAACGAUACGAUACAGGCAAUGCAGUUCCUGGACGAGGGCAAGAGUCAGCAGGGUGGAGGCGGUAGGGAUAUGCCCAAUCUGGAUUUGUGUGUGGCCACCACCAGUGAUGGGAGAACUUUUGCGAAUGUUGACGUCCAGGAUGAGAGCACAACUCAAAACUUUUUCCAUGGCAGCGUAAGUCCCAUGCACUUGCUAAGAGACUCAACCUCCAAUGCCCGUUGGCUGGAGGAUAACAUCAAUGACUUCUCGCUAACAUCACUGCUGGGGCACCUGGACGAGAUUGAUGCCACCAGAGAUAUAUUGGAUCCCUCAUCCAGCAUGUCGGUGAUCAGUGAGAGCAGCGUGGACUUUCGGCACAAGUUCCAGGAGAUUGCCGCCCUGCUGCAGCAGCAGGAGAAGGAUUAGCAGCGAUAACACAUCCAUGUGUGCCUCCAUAACAUGUUUUUUCCCCCUCAUUUUUUUUAUGAAUUGUUUCUGCUUGUUUUUAAAAACUCACUGAUAUUAUGCAUCAUCCCACUUGUUACAUAUAUAUUUAUGUGAUCCUUGUGAUCUAUUCUCAUAUUAUGUCUCUGCCAAGUAUUAUAGGAAGCACUCACAUUGUCUAAAAAUUAAACAUAUAUAUAUAUUUAUUUAUAUAUUAAGUUUAUAAAUGAACCGAUAGGAAGGAUAACUCUUAUAUUAAUAAUUUGUCCUGUAUUAUUUUUCUUACUCCAAUCAAAGCAAAGAACUUAUUAUCCUAAAAGCUUAAUAUUUUGUUUGUUUCCGCACUCCUCCAAAUUGAUUUUCUUGUAGCUUUUAAGGUCGGUUCAAAGUAGUUUGUAGGUCAUUAAAAAACGCAAAAACAAAACACCAAUCAGAACUUCCAUGUGUUUUUAGCAUCCAAAACAAACUCCUCCUUGUUAAUGAUAUAUCCAUAACUAUAUAUAGUGUAUGAUGGGGAGCACAGGAACAACAUUUAGUUCUAGAGCGUAUGUAUUUUGUAACUGUCUAACACUUGGAACUUGUUAUAUUAAUUAACACGAGGAAAAGCCGAAAAUAAAAAGCAAGCUAAAUUCAAAGA